GCAGCUCCGUAGUACUGUAAUGCGGCCGACAGGAUGUGUCUGUCGUCCCCGGGGUACUCUAGUGCUCGCCCACCACCAGCACCCCCCCCCCCCCCCGGCAAUUCUCUGCCCCAGGCUCAAGUUGCAACUGGUCGAGGAGUUUCUCACUGAGCGCUUGUUUUGCUAAGCAGCUAGUUGAGACAUUUAUACCACUUACUUCCUUUUCAAACUCGGAAUUAAAGAUCCGGUUGAAGAGAAAAUGUGUUUUUUGUCGUCUUGUCAUCUUUUAAAAUUGUUUGAUCCUUGUGAUUUAUUCUCUUCCUUUUUGGAAGAAAUGCAAGAUUUUAAAUUGAAUUGUGCUUUUUUUUAAAAAAAGUCUACAUCCAAGGGGAUUGAAGCUAAUGGCGAGCGAGACGGGACUGACGCUGAGGGGUCGGCGUAGUUGCGCGAAAUCCACGGACGAAGACAGUCCAAGGAGGUCUGAGGGGCCUGUUGAUGGUUAUGUCCGAUCAGACAGCAAUGGAAAAAUAGAUGCGGAACAUGUAAUAAAUAGAAAAUUGCAGCUCAAGCAAAAGGCUGAGCAAAUGAAGACUGACUUGUUGAAGCAGUUUGAUUUUCAAUUUAACCACUUUGUGGAUAACCUGAUCGAUGAAUCGACCAGCCUAGACUCUGUUUCUCCUUUCUUAUGCGCAUCAGUGAAUAAAGAACUGACAGCUUUAGCUCACAGACAGGCAAGGGCACCCCCAGAGAAGGGAAAGCACUUCGUAUCUCGGCGAUCUCUGCUUGAUGAGCUGUUUCAAGUGAAUCACAUCCGGACUAUCUAUCACAUGUUCAUCGCUCUACUCAUCUUAUUUAUAGUCAGUACCCUGGUGAUGGACUUCAUUGAUGAAGGAAGGCUGGUCCUUGACUUCGAUCUUUUGGUUUAUGCCUUUGGGAGAUUUCCCAUUGUCAUUUCCACCUGGCUCUGCAUGUUCUUGUCAACACUACUCAUUCCAUAUGGCUUGUUUCUGCAAUGGGCAUUCGGAUACUAUGCAUCAAAACAUAAAGUUUUACGUACAGUGUUCUUUGGUGCAUUGUUUUUGUUGUUCCAGAUAGUGGGCCUUUGGGCUGCCCCAGUCUACACAGUUAUUCAUUUUGAUCUACCUCCAGCCUCCCGUUUUAUUGUUAUAUUAGAACAGGUUCGCCUGAUGAUGAAAGCACAUUCCUUCAUACGGGAAAACUUCAGCAGAGUGAUAUCAAAUAAAGAAAGGAACAGUGACAUUCAGAUACCACAGUUUUCCCACUAUCUGUACUUUCUUUUUGCUCCUACGCUAAUAUAUCGGGACAACUAUCCCAGGAAUCCUACAAUUAGGUGGAGCUAUGUUGCUACAAAAUUUGCUCAGGUUCUGGGCUGUCUGUUUUAUGCCUACUACAUCUUUGUACGACUCUGUAUUCCGUUGUUCCGAAAUAUCAGCAAGGAGCCAUUUAGCUUGAAAGUCCUCGUUCUUUGCAUCUUCAACUCCAUCUUGCCAGGUGUGUUGGUACUAUUCCUGGCUUUCUUUGCAUUCCUGCACUGCUGGCUCAAUGCCUUUGCGGAAAUGCUGCAAUUUGCAGACAGGAUGUUUUACAAGGACUGGUGGAAUUCCACAUCAUUCGCAAAUUACUACCGAACCUGGAAUGUAGUGGUCCAUGACUGGCUGUACUAUUAUGCAUAUAAGGAUUUUCUCUGGUUGUUCACUCACCGGUUUAGGGCUGCUGCUAUGUUGUCAGUCUUCACAGUGUCUGCAGUAGUCCAUGAGUAUGUACUGGCAAUUUGCUUUGGGUUCUUCUAUCCAGUCCUCUUCUGUCUGUUCAUGUGCUUUGGAAUGGCAUUCAAUUUCGUGCUGCAUGAUCGCCGGAAAGGUCCUGUCUGGAACGUGGUGAUGUGGACAUCGUUGUUUCUGGGCCAGGGCAUGCUGGUUUGUCUAUAUUCGCAAGAGUGGUAUGCCCAGCAGCACUGUCCCCUUACUAAUCCCUCUUUCUUGGACUUGUUGAAGCCACGUUCCUGGACCUGUCGCUUGCACUCAUAAUGGAUGUGAUCUGUGGGACAUUUUGGUCUGAAUGCAGCUGCACCUUUCAUCAACCAAAUGAAUGUUUCUCCUACACCAGAUAGUGCCUGCUUCCUGAACUGUCUUAAAUUUUGGUCAUCAAGCUGGAUGUUCUCCCAAGAAUCCUAAUCACAGGACAAAUGCCAAUAUAGUGCUAUACAUACUGUGUUAAGCAACCACCAUCUGCAUCACAGAUGGGAGGGAUGCUCAAAGUUAAGUGACUGGAGGGGAAGGUGUUUUAGAUCUUUUAAUUCACAUUGAUUCUUUCUUUCUUAUCACACUUUCUUCAUUCCUUUACAAAAUCCCCUAUAGAAACUGAGGAUAAAUUAGACUUGACUAUCAAGUUGUAAUGCCUUAGUGUUGCAUAUGCACACAAAGCAGUUGUCAAGUGUAUUAUUUUCUUGUUUCACAUGAAAAUGCACAUGCAUAGGAGGAUGACCAUUUUAGUUUAGCAUUGUAAUAUGGCACCAUGAAGGUGCUAAGAGGUAGAUUAAAGGCCAGCAUUCCACCCCCUCCAGGUAUUCCAAACCUGCGAAGUUCCUUAUCUCAGACAAUUUUGGAAGGCAUUUAUGAACUUUCCAUUGACAAGGAAAUUGUUUGGUAAGUUGCUUCGAUGGUGUCCACCUUUCAGCGUACCCCAAAGUACUAGUCUCAAAAAAUGGCAAAAGUAAUUGUGGCUGGAACUGAUCUUGGGUUUAAGAAGUUGUCAAACUUGAUCGAACUUGAAAUGUUAGUUGUUUAUUUGGCUAUAUCAAAAAAAAACUUGAAAAGAAGAUAUCACUAUUGAACAAUGUAGAAUUUUUUGAAUAGGUCUUUGGAUUUUGCAUGUUUUUUUUAAUGUGAUUUCCGUGUCUUCCUGAAGACACUCACCCGAAUUUCUGUGGAUGUCUUUAAUUUUCUGGUACCUCCCUGAAAAAUCUUGGUCUGGAUACUCAAGACUACUCGCAGAACCUUGACCUGUGUUUCUGCUCUUGACAGUGCAAUCAGUUACGGUACCCUCAUGGCCAGUCCAACUGAGAUAAACUGACCAAUCACACUGGGAAUGGAAGCAGGGUUCUUGAUCUCUGCACAUUUAGAUAUUGCAUUUACUGAUUCAGUCUGUAAUUCUAACAAGAAUAAUUGACCAAUAUCAGAACAGUGCUGUUGACAUUCUGGAUGGUUCACUACUUCACUGGCCACCUGUUGGACAAGCAUUCUAUCUGAUUUUGUCAUAGGAUUGAUUAUGCUCUGGAAUGUUUUCUGUGGUAGUGCCCUACAAUAAUUCACCUGAUGUUUCUGCACUAGGAGGCCUUGAUCUAGCUUAAUCAUAACUAGAGUAAUUGAGGUUUUCAAAAUGAAAUUACUAAAACUAAGCUUUGUACUUGGAUUCAUGGUUAGAGUUGGGAUUCAGAAUUGAAAAUCUUCGAGGUUUGAUCAUUUUUAAAAUUUUGUCUCAUUUGUUACUCUAGUUGAAAUAAUAUAAGAACAUGCUUGCCUGUUCCUGUUCUAAUAUAGUAAAGGUACCAAAGUACCUAUUUCGAGGGGCAAGACUGCAUCUUGGCAUUUAAGUUAAGGUGUCAGUGUCUUGAAUAUUUGGAUUUGAACUAUGAAUCCACUAACUACAAAAAUGUUAAUCAAGACUGCUUAUUAGAAGUGACAUUUCAUAUACUUACUGUAUUACAUUUUCUGGAUUUAGUCUGAAUUUCAAAAUCUUGGAUUGGAAGCCUAAAAAUUGAAAUGGAUGAUAAGUAAAGUCUAAACACGUUUUGUUGUGUCUUCACACUCCAUUCCAAAGCAUGUUAACAUUUUGGUGGUUAGGAGGCUUUAGGUGCAGAGAGUAGCAGUGUGAAGUCCAUAAGAAGGCUUUGAUUAUUGAGGUCUGUAAGAAUUCCAAAAUUAUUUCUCCUAAAAACUGUAAUUCAUACCUACCACUGGUCGGAUACUUUAUUUUGGGCCUGGAACUACGUAUGGCUUUGUUCCACUGCACAACUUCCUACUUGAUACACCUAUCUUCUAUUACUCAACUAGAAAAGGAUGAGGAGUAGAGAAGAAAAGCACCUGACUUGCCAGCUCACCCAAAUACAUCUUGUUUGUUGUUAACCAGUCCUUGUCAAUGUUUUUGGUAAACAAAAUAACCCUUGUCUGCCCCCUUUCUUGACCAAAGGUGGCUUUAUUUCACAUGAUUUCUAUGGGAAAAUUAAAGGGACUCGAAAGCAAUAUUUACUGUAUAAGUUUGUGGGGAGAAACUUUUUUUCAUCUGAAUUUUAUUCUCCUGAUUGGUGUGAAGUCUGUUUGAGUGCAAAGCCAAAAGCAAUGGGUGGAGGUAGACGGACCUUCUAUUUAAUUUUUUUUAAUUACUAGAAAUCCUCAGUUGAGUUUUGUAAUGCAUUUGCACAUUUCUUUUGAUUCUGCAUUGAAAAAUCCUCUGUGCCAAUUUUUUUUCUGUGUACACUAACAUAGAUUAUGAACUUUACUGGUUAUUUCUUGAAAAACGUACAAUUAUAACUUAGCCAAGCUGAAAUUGUUCAGGUUUUCUUGCUCUGUGAAACGUUCACAUUUUUACCUGCAAAGGGAUGAUGAAUAGAUUCCAGGCUGGUGCUUGGAAUUCUAGUAACUGCUUCUGGUAAAUCAUUGUUUUUGCAACAUGUGUCAAAACAUAGAUUACGGGUGUGCACUUGUUGUUCAUUGUGUACAGAAUUACUUCACAUUGAAAGGCAUUUCAGUGGAAAGGUAAUAUUGGUUGUUCAAGACCAUAAUUGAGCAUGUUGGUGAUGAUUUUCUUCCCUAAAGUUCCAUAUUCAAAAAUAAUUUAUUCCAUUUCUCAAAUCAAAUCUGGGAUUUUUGUUGCGAGAAGCAACCUUUAUCUGAAUAGUCGCACAUGUAAUCUUAGUGUUGACUGAUUUUUAUCUCUUUCGCCAACCAGCAACCACCCUUCCACUUCAGAACCUUCCUUCACGUGCUAUGUUUAUUCCUCUACAAGACCAACAAUGUUCUGAAAGAACUAUAUUUGAUUUGAGAAAUGCCAUUAAAGGUAUCUAGAAGGGGAACAGUGUUUUGAAGAACAGUAUGUACUCCUUUAUAUUCAGAAUUAAAACACAGAAAUGAUUGCAUUUUAUAUCACAGUUUGUUGAUCCAAAGAUGUAUUAUAAAUGAGUGCAUGUUAUUUUUGGAAUAUCUGUUUUGAAGGAUGAUUGUGUCCAAGAAUGGGAUCUUGUGAAAUAUUUUGUUGCAAAUAAAUGUAUGAGUAAUUGG